CAUACUACAACCAUACAUCAAUAUCAGUUCCAACGAAAGAGGUCUUCACUCUUAUCGCAGGCGCGUGUUUACCUCCCGGUGAAUUUGAAUGCCGAUUUGUGUCGGAUUGCGCGAUUCGCACUUGUGGAAACUAACUAACUAUUUUACUGACUUGGCGGCUUUACUGUGAAACAGUGGAGCGUGGCUUGCGUAAUCCGUGCAUGUGGAUGUGCAUAAAAGUGGCAUUGGCCAAAUCAGGUUUUCGGCUAGCAAAGCUUAAAAUGUCAAGACGGCCAGCCGUGACACUCUUUCCUUUGGGGUCGCCACUAGCGAGGGACCACUGUGGCCGAACUCAAGUGGAAAUGGGCAUCUGUGGGACGAGUGAGUGCGCUGUGUGAGUUCAUUGAUUAAAAGUGCUCAGCUGACGUUGCCGUUUCUUUGUGAAUCUUAUCGGACCGCAGCAGCAACAAAAAUAGGAAAACCAAUUAAAAACACCAAUACACUGGAUCGUAGGGGACUUUAUGCCAUGCAAAAACGAUCGUGUGUAAGCGGUGUAUUAUUGCAGAUAUGCGUACUACUACUUGUACACUCACAAAGAAUCGCAUCGAAUCGCUGACCAAAGUCCAGUAAAAAAGCCCAGUCUGACUCGCAAAUCGCCAUAGAACGAUCACUUUCCGUGUCGAACGUGCGGCAAUCGCUGAAGUUUAUCAUUCGGUGGCUAAAGGUGCUAAAAUCUUAAAAAAAAACUGAUCGGACCGGGUAGAGACCAAUGCAGUAUAGUGCUUCGAAAGGUUUCGAAUUGAACUUACUCCCAAAACGGCAGAAUGACUGGAUCAGUCCACGAUCCGAAAUGGAGCCUGGAGCGCCGCGAGUCCUCUGGCCAUUUGGUGUGGCGCAAGGACUCUCCGGAGUCGAAAGUCCGUUUUCGCUUGGACGUCGAGGUCCUGGAGUUCGAGAGGCAUCCUCAUGAGGAGCUGGAGGACAAAGAGGAUCACUUCUCGAUGACCAAUCUCUCGGCGACAGUGGCCAUGUGCGCCACCUGUGUGGCUGUGGUGGCCGUCUCCGUGUUCCUGCCCUGGUAUUUAAUGGAGAAAGUGGGAUCGCUUUAAAAAACUAAACGGGCCUCAAGAGCCCGGCUUAUUGUAUAUAGGUACCCGGACGGUAUUAAGUAGACUCUUGUACAUAAACAAGCGUAGUUUUAACUAUUUGUAUAUAGUACGUACGUUGUAUAUAGACCUGUGGUUUUUAUAAGGAUAGAGUUGGAAAAACUCUAGGUGCAAUACGAGUGCGAAAGUGACUGCUAAGGCCAAACUAUGGAAUGUGGAUUGUUUUUUUAGGACGUGUAAAUUCUCAUAAGUUUAGUCCUAUGAAAGAUCGCAAUGAUAGUUAAUGGAAUAAACGAAAUACUUGCCCAUAGAA